AUUCUCUGAGUAGAUUAGUACGAACUAGAACACGUGCUUGAGCUCGGCACUGCAGAUAAAGGCGUUGGUGCAAGCAAAUUCAAUCUCUUCCUCAUCUUCUUUUGCGACUCAAUCUCCUGUUCUUCCAUUUACUGUUGCAUCCCAGUCAUCGUCGUAAUUAUUCUCUUGGAUCUUGUGUCCGUAGCUCUCUAUGCUCCAAACUUGAAGUAAGCCUCAAGUGUCGUGGAGUUGCUAUUAUAGUUGAAGUUGUUUAAUAGCAAGUACCAAUUACAGCAACAUCCAUGUUUCAGGUGUGGGAGUCGUCGGUCAACAGUGAUUCCGACAGAUGCUAAUAGCUUCAUAAGCAUCCUCCUCGCGAGCACAAUUGCUUCAUCCAUUCGAAAAUCCAAGGUCCGAUGUGAAUCUACGACGCACAUCCUCCGAACAAAAUCCUGAGAGCAUGUCAUUAGGACCCUAGUAGAAGAAGAAUUCAGCGACACAUUUCGCCGCCUUAACUAUCUCCCUGUCUCUACAGUUACUCGACACACAUGAAUCCACCCCAACCUGCCGACAAAUGAUCACGUCAAUUUUCACAUUUCCAGUGCACGGAAGGACAUUCAUCGAACAGCUUUGACAGCUUCACUUCAGCUUGGCAAGAGCGUUUGAAAUCAAACAGCAAGAGCAGGCUCGCAACUGACGAAUCAGCAUUUGUGCAUGCCGAACAAACGAUGCAAAAUGCACUCUAGCAGUCAAAUUUCAUCUGUUCAAAUCAAGCUGACAUAUAAGAUACAAACCAAGUUUGUUCUCCGCAUCAUUAUUCAUAUUAAAGGGAAUUUAUAUAAGAAUUGGAUCUUAUAUAAAGAAAGAGAAUUUCACUUCAAAGAAGCACUCAUUUUUCUGCUUAACUCGUGAUCAGAAUCAGUUUCAUGCUACUUCACGAACGACCCCGCAACCAUUAUUUAGAUUUCCUCGUUACGACACCUGAACUGCCGUUUUUAACUGCCGAUACCGAACAUCCGGCGCGAAACAUAUCAUCCGCAGUCGCAGAGCGUGCUCGUGUCCGGUCCCUCUCGGUCGUCGGACUUUCUCGCCGAGGCCAGUGUCUCUCGCCGUCGCCGGACUCUCGGCCGCCGGCAUGAGCUUCGCUCUGACCCGCUUCAUCCUCCACCUGGGGUUCUCAUGCGAGAAACCCAGGAACAGCAAGAGCUAUGGCUUCCUCCUCUUGAAUCCCAAGAGAAGUCCAUUCUGUUCCGCCGCCAUCCCUCCAGCGCAGAAGACGGGUGAAGGGCUUUUGGUGGUGGUUGGAGGUGGAGCGGCCGGGGUUUAUGGAGCAAUCAGAGCCAAGACGGUGGCCCCGCAUCUUAAUGUCUUGGUCAUCGAAAAAGGGAAGCUUUUGUCAAAGGUAAAAAUAUCUGGAGGAGGUCGGUGCAACGUGACAAAUGGGCACUACACAGAAAACCUGAUUUUGGCAGAACAUUACCCUAGGGGUCACAGAGAAUUAAGAGGAUCAUUUUUCAGCACGCAUGGCCCAACAGACACAAUGACCUGGUUUUCUGAACAUGGUGUCAAACUCAAGACAGAGGACGAUGGAAGGGUUUUCCCUAUUAGUGAUAGUUCAUCUUCAAUAAUCGACUGUCUUCUGUCUGAAGCCAAGCAAAAAGGAGUUCUAAUACAGACCGGCAAAGUUGUCACCAGUGCUUCUAGAGAUGUUGGUGGGAACUUUCUGCUCAAGGCUGAGAAGCGUACAACUAACUAUAUGGAAAAUCUCAAAGCUGACUAUCUGCUGAUAGCCAGCGGGAGUAGCCGGCAGGGUUAUGUCUUAGCCACUCAGCUUGGUCACUCUAUUGUGGAUCCAGUUCCUAGCUUAUUCACUUUUAAAAUUGAGGAUUCACGGCUAGCCGAGUUAUCUGGGGUCACAUUCCCAAAAGUUCGUGUGAAGCUGAAACUAGAAAACGUUCAGACAAACAUACCCCAACUUGUGCAGGUCGGACCCAUGUUAGUUACUCACUGGGGACUCAGUGGUCCUGCAAUUUUACGACUGUCUGCUUGGGGAGCUCGUCACCUUUUUAGUUCAGAUUAUAAAGGUGAUCUUCUUGUAGAUUUUAUACCAGAUAUUAAGAUGGAAGAUGUGAAGUCCAUCCUUAUCAAACAGAAGCAUCAGUUUACGAAACAAAAGCUGCUCAAUGCUUGUCCUUUGGAAUUUGGCAUCGUGAAGAGAUUUUGGACAUAUAUUUUGGAUCGUGAGGGUGUGGAUGCAAAUAUUCUCUGGGCUUCCAUUUCAAACAAUUCAUUGAUUGGUAUUGCUUCUCUGUUAAAGCAGUGUAUGUUUCGGGUAAUGGGAAAGGGCCAAUUUAAGGAUGAAUUCGUCACUGCUGGAGGUGUCCCCCUAUCUGAGAUCUCACUUAGUACAAUGGAAAGCAAGAUACAGCCCCAUCUGUUUUUCGCUGGCGAGGUGCUCAACGUCGAUGGUGUUACUGGUGGUUUCAAUUUUCAGAAUGCAUGGUCCGGCGGAUAUAUUGCGGGAACUAGCAUCGGCGAACUGGCACUGAUGAAGAAGGAAGCCGAUUUCGGCGUGAAAGUUGAACAAGGGAAGACACCGAGUUGAGCCUCUAAUGGUCAGGUUCACAAACGUUCUCAGUUGUAGUCUUAGGCUUUAAGACCUUGCCAGUGUAGAAACCUUUUAAAGAAAAAAAAAAGGGUUUCUUCUCCUGCUAAACUCCUCACCCUGGCCUGGAAUGGAAUCAGCUUCACUUGCAUUUUGUUGAGACAUGCACCGCAUGAUUUGUAUUCAUAUUGGUUCAGUACGAGUCUGCAUUAUCGA